UCAGUUUAGUUCCGUCUCCAUCGAAACUUGUCCAACGAAAAACGCGAACGGAGCGCCAGUGCAGGCGACAAUAAAAGUAUGGGCACAAAUUCGUAUCAAAAUGAAAGUGGAAAUCGUGUGAUGUCAUGUUGACGACAAAACUGUGUUCUGCUCUGCCGUUUUUUGUUAAUUGAAACAACUUCCUGCACUGCUGCGCUGCCUACUGCUGCUGUGUGGGUGUGGGCGAGUGUGCAACACGCGCCUGGAAUAUAAUUUUGUUGUUCAAAGUGCGACAAGUGCAAAAACAAACGCACAUUUUGGCUUGUGAAAAAGAAUUUAAUUGAACAGAAAUUCCAAUUUUCAUUACACUUCACUGAAGAGCAGCACAAAAGAGAAAAGGUAAAACGCACACGCACACACCAGCGCAGCGCAGAGCUGAGAACAUCACAGUGUGUGUGUGUGUGUGUGUGGAGUUAUGAACGCCUCCCCACAUUUUGAAUGUGUGUGAGUGCGCGCUCCACGUCCGGCAUAAACAAAAAGAGACGAAAAACUUUUAUUGAUUUCCCUCCAAAAACAAAAACAGAGGGAGAACAAGAAAUCUACGAUUCCGCCCAAGCAACAGGAGAGAGACAGGCGGAGCCGCUGCCACGCCUACGGGCUGCCUUUACCGUCCGAUCCAGCCACACUCCCCUCUCCAUAAGCAGCACCCUCUUCUCCACCAGCCAUGUCCAGUCCCAGCCAAACGGAGGGCAGCCAAUCCCUUGAGGAGCUGCGCAUGGAAGUGGAGCGUCUGACCCGGGAACUUGACCAGGUUUCCUCCGCCAGCGCCCAGUCCGCGCAAUAUGGCUUAUCCCUGCUGGAGGAGAAGUCGGCGCUGGAGCAGAAAUGCGAGGAGCUGGAAACGCUCUACGACAACACCCGGCACGAGCUGGACAUCACGCAAGAGGCCCUCACAAAGUUCCAAAGCUCACAGAAGGUCACCAACAAGACGGGCAUCGAGCAGGAGGAUGCACUGCUCAAUGAGUCCGCGGCCAGGGAAACCUCGCUCAAUCUGCAGAUCUUUGAUCUGGAGAACGACACGAAACAGCUGCGCCAUGAGCUGGAGCGUGUGCGGAACGAGCGCGAUCGCAUGCUGCAGGAGAACUCGGACUUUGGUCGGGACAAGAGCGACAACGAGGCGGAUCGACUGCGUCUCAAGUCCGAGUUGAAGGAUCUUAAGUUUCGGGAGACGCGUAUGCUCAGCGAGUACUCGGAGCUGGAGGAGGAGAACAUAUCGCUGCAGAAGCAGGUCUCCAAUCUGCGUAGCUCGCAGGUGGAAUUUGAAGGUGCCAAACAUGAGAUUCGUCGUCUCACCGAAGAGGUUGAGCUGCUGAAUCAACAGGUCGAUGAGCUGGCGAAUCUCAAGAAGAUUGCCGAAAAGCAAAUGGAGGAGGCCCUGGAGGCAUUGCAGGGGGAACGCGAAGCAAAGUAUGCGCUGAAGAAGGAGUUGGAUGGCCAUUUGAAUCGUGAGUCCAUGUAUCACAUCAGCAAUCUGGCCUACAGCAUACGCAACAAUAUGGAGGACAAUGCCAGCCAGAAUUCGGAUGGCGAGGAGGAGAAUCUAGCACUGAAACGCCUGGAGGCUGACCUGAGCACCGAACUGAAAUCUCCCGAUGGCACCAAAUGCGAUCUCUUCUCCGAAAUCCAUCUGAACGAGCUGAAGAAGCUCGAAAAGCAGCUGGAGAGCAUGGAGAACGAGAAAACCCAUCUGACGGCCAAUCUGCGGGAGGCACAAACGAGUCUGGACAAGUCACAAAAUGAGUUGCAGAACUUCAUGUCCCGCCUGGCACUAUUGGCCGCCCAUGUGGAUGCUUUGGUGCAGCUCAAGAAGCAGAUCGAUGUCAAGGACCAGACGGCUGGACAGGACCAGAAGGACGAACUGCAGCAGCAGCUGCGGGCAAUCAUCUCGCAGUACGCCAACUGGUUCACGCUCUCAGCCAAGGAGAUCGAUGGCCUCAAGACUGACAUUUCCGAGCUUCAAAAGGGGCUGAACUACACGGAUGCCACCACCACGUUGCGCAAUGAGGUGACCAAUCUGAAGAACAAGCUCCUGGCCACCGAGCAAAAGUCCCUGGAUCUGCAGAGCGAUGUGCAGACCCUCACGCACAUCUCCCAGAAUGCCGGCCAGAGCCUGGGCUCGGCGCGUAGCACUCUGGUGGCCCUCAGCGAUGAUUUGGCUCAGCUUUAUCAUCUGGUCUGCACUGUCAAUGGGGAGACGCCAACGCGUGUCCUACUGGAUCAUAAGAGCGAUGAUAUGAGCUUUGAGAACGAUUCGCUUACUGCCAUCCAAUCGCAGUUCAAGUCUGAUGUGUUCAUUGCUCGUCCACAAAUCGUUGAGGAUCUGCAGGGUCUGGCCGAUUCGGUGGAGAUCAAGAAGUAUGUGGACACGGUCAGCGACCAGAUCAAGCAUUUGAAGACAGCUGUGGAGCAUACCAUCGAUUUGAACAAACACAAAGUUCGUUCCGAGGGUGGAGAUGCUGUGGAAAAGGGCAACACCGAGGAAAUGGAAGAGUUGCAGGAGCAAAUAGUCAAGCUCAAGAGUUUGUUGUCGGUGAAACGCGAACAAAUCGGAACCCUGCGCAAUGUGCUCAAGUCAAACAAACAGACCGCCGAGGUGGCUCUCACCAAUCUCAAGUCCAAGUACGAGAACGAAAAGAUCAUUGUCAGCGACACCAUGUCCAAGCUGCGUAACGAGCUCCGUUUGCUCAAAGAGGAUGCAGCUACCUUCUCCAGUUUGCGUGCCAUGUUUGCUGCACGCUGCGAGGAGUAUGUCACUCAGGUGGAUGAUCUGAAUCGCCAGCUGGAGGCUGCCGAGGAGGAGAAGAAGACUCUCAAUCAGCUGCUGCGUCUGGCUGUCCAGCAGAAGCUGGCCCUCACACAGCGUCUGGAGGAGAUGGAAAUGGAUCGCGAAAUGCGUCAUGUGCGUCGUCCGAUGCCACCGCAGAGCGGCACACGCGGCAAAUCCUCGUUCAGUACACGUCCAUCGAGCAGGAAUCCAGCGAGCAGUAAUGCCAAUCCCUUCUAACAUAAAAUCAGCGUGCAGCGUAAACUUUUGGCUUUAGUUUAUACUUUGCUUAAGUUGUAAGUUCGUUGGAGUUCCUUCAGAGAGAGAGAGAGAGAGAUACAUAAAGAGAUCAGCCCCCUGCAGCAAUACAGCAACACAAAAACGUACUGCAGAUUGAGAACGAUUUGAGAACGAAGCUAUAACUAUUCUCCAUCUAACUACUAUAACUAUAUAUUUGUUUGUAUUGUAUUUGUAUUUAUUGAAAGUUUAGUUAGAAUGAAAGUUUUGUGUUAGACAAGAUCGAAAGCAGUAAAUGGUUAUUAACGGUUAGUUACUUAAACGUCCAAUUAAUUUAAUUAAAACGAAACGAAAAGUGUGAGGUAACGAGAAGAUAUAACGUAACGAAUUGUAUUUUUCUAAAUGCGAAUCACAUGUACUAUAUGUAUUCGAUAGCGUCCUAGUAUGAUUUCAAUCUGAGUUUUGUUAAGUUUCGCGUUGAUUAUUUGAUUUUUGUUAUCAACGCUGUGCGCAAGCAAAGAAAAGUAAAAAAACAAAAAAACGAGAGAAAUUGAUAAACAAUGUUGACGUUGAACAAACGAAAUUGGUAUUGGCAAUUGUGGUAUCAUGUAUUGUAUUAAUUGGCCUGCCCUGCCCGAUAACCAAGAGUAUUUUCACAAGGGUUCGUACAGUCGUACCCCCUAAAAAUGUACGUAACACGAACAAGAGGAGAAGACCCCUCCCUCCUCGCCGAAAUGUAUAUUAUCGAUGGUGUUCGCAAGCCAUUGUUGUACCAACACUGUAGCAAACAAGCUACAAAGUCUCAAAGACGAUUCUGAUGAUGAUUAUUUGUAUUUAUAGAGCGCCACUGGGGUCUCGCGAAAAUGAAGAAAUUGUAGGAAAUUAAUUAUUGUUUGCAAUGGAGAAAAAAAAACCUAGUUUUUUUUGUGGUUCACACUUAGCAUUAAUUGCAGAAAUAACAUAUGAUUUGUGCAUUAUUAUUUAAUUUAAUUAAUAAAUUACAAACACACAAAAAUAUCAAGCAAGUAAAUAAGAAUUUUGUUUUCAUUUCCAAUGAGUUUUGUUAUUUUUGUUGCUGUAGGAAAAUAUAGAAUAUCUUGUGCCACGCCACGCCUAAUGAAACCAUUAGACGAACUUACGAUCAUAUAUUCUUUCAGCAGCAACAAGCUCUUAUGGCCUUAAUAUAAUACACACUUUAUGGUUUAACACACACACAAAAUAAAUAACUUUGGUGAUUACCAAGCAGCUUAACCGAACAUACAAAAUAGCGAGACAAAGCGUUAAAGUUUAAAUAAAUAUUAUUAUCGUAGCUAAUUAAACACGAAAGUAGUGUCCAACCAACAGAGCACAUUAUCUAGUAGCAGUACCCAUCCAGUCUACCCUCCAAGAGAUGGAAACUUUGUUGCUUCAUUUUGGGUUUACGAUGUUUCGUUUUCGUUGUCAAUCGAAAGAGGUGGAGAUUCUACAUGAAAUUUAUAUAUACAAGAUCGUAUAUUGUGUAAAUUACCGAGCCAUUAAAUUGAAUUUAUAUUUAAAGUACACAAACGACACUGAAACACACACACACUCAGACACACAAACACACAACGUCCAUUCAUGCAUUCACAGAUAAAAACUCCUCGGAGUUGCCUAUGAACAAAUUAUUUAUGAAAAAAAACCAAACUCUAACCAAUUGUAAAUAUAUUUAUAUACAUAUGGAAGUUAGUAGAGAUAUCGAGCCAGAAACAAAAGCAAAGCAAAACAAACAGAAAAUACAUACAUAUUUCAAAAUAAUGAUUUUAUUGUAAUUUUUACCGUCCCUUUUUGCGAACGAACUAAAAAAUACAAAGUCUAUUUAUGCAAAACCAAUCACUGAACCAAUAACGAACAAAAAAAAAGCAACUUUCAGUUCAUCAGAGAUCAUAUAUUAAGCUACUCAAAUACCAUAAAAUAAAACUACCUACAUACAUACAUCGAUUGAUCGUUCAUCCAACCAGCCAAAAUAUUGAUAGCCAAUAUGGAUACUACAUACAUACAUUAAAAUAAAACAUACAUACAUAUGACAUAAAGAUAUUUCAAUUGCGAGUAGGCGACCAUGGAUGAUAGCCGCCGCCAAAGAGAGAGAUAGAGUGGUGGUGGUGGCGUCACAAAAAGCAAAUAGUUUUCUAUUUCCCAAAAACCAAAACACACACAGAAUGUAAGAGUAAAGCAAUUGAAUUUAAGAUUUGAAGGAUGUUUAAUGUAAGUUUUACGAUAAAUUGCCGGCAAAUUGCAAUAACUUUGCGUGUGGUAACUGUGGACAUAUGAAAAAUUCAACCGAAUGUGCAAGGAUAAACGAAGAGAUGAGCAUUAAUUAUACAAAUUACUUAUUACAAGAUAUGUGAAAAUAAAGAAAUUAGC